AUGGCAACAAUGGAGAGCUUGAUUGGAUUAGUAAACAGGAUCCAAAGAGCCUGCACCGUAUUGGGCGAUCAUGGCGGUGAAGGGAUGUCCCUUUGGGAAGCUCUUCCUUCUGUUGCCGUCGUCGGCGGCCAGAGUUCUGGGAAAUCUUCGGUGCUUGAGAGCGUGGUUGGCAGGGAUUUUUUGCCUCGUGGAUCUGGUAUUGUUACCAGAAGGCCUUUGGUAUUGCAACUUCACAAGAUAGAUGGAGGUGCAGAAUAUGCUGAGUUUCUCCAUGCACCUAAGAAGAAAUUUACUGACUUUGCUUCGGUCCGGAAAGAGAUUGCUGAUGAGACUGACCGUAUAACAGGGAAGAGUAAACAAAUCUCGAAUGUUCCAAUCCACCUCAGCAUAUAUUCUCCCAAUGUUGUAAACCUAACCCUAAUAGAUCUUCCCGGGCUGACCAAGGUUGCUGUAGAGGGACAGCCAGAAAGUAUUGUCCAAGAUAUCGAAAUGAUGGUCCGCUCUUAUGUUGAGAAGCCGAACUGCAUUAUAUUAGCUAUUUCUCCAGCCAAUCAAGAUAUCGCAACUUCUGAUGCCAUUAAGCUUGCAAGAGAAGUUGAUCCAACGGGGGAGAGAACAUUUGGUGUUUUAACGAAACUUGAUCUGAUGGAUCAAGGAACCAAUGCUCUCGAUGUACUUGAGGGUAGAUCAUACAGGCUGCAGCAUCCAUGGGUGGGAAUUGUGAACCGAUCACAAGCCGAUAUAAACAAAAAUGUGGACAUGAGUAAUGCUCGUCGAAAGGAACAGGAAUAUUUUGAGUCCAGCCCUGAGUAUGGACAUUUAGCUCAUAAAAUGGGUUCAGAGUAUCUUGCAAAGCUUCUUUCUAAGCAUUUGGAGACCGUCAUUCGUCAGAGAAUACCGAGCAUCAUUGCUCUGAUUAAUAAGACAAUUGACGAGCUUAAUGCUGAGUUGGAUCGCAUUGGCAGGCCUAUAGGUGUAGAUGGUGGGGCACAGCUGUAUACUAUUUUGGAACUAUGCCGCGCAUUUGAUCGAAUAUUUAAGGAACAUCUAGAUGGAGGGAGGCCUGGUGGAGAUAGAAUUUAUGGUGUAUUUGAUCAUCAACUACCAGCUGCAAUGAAAAAGCUUCCCCUGGAUCGUCAUCUUUCUCUAAGUAAUGUAAAAAAGGUCAUUUCAGAAGCAGAUGGUUAUCAACCUCAUUUGAUAGCACCCGAGCAAGGAUACCGAAGACUCAUUGAUGGAUCCCUUGGAUAUUUCAAGGGGCCUGCCGAAGCUUCAGUCGAUGCGGUCCACUUCGUCCUGAAGGAACUUGUAAGGAAGUCAAUCGCAGAAACCCUGGAGUUGAAACGGUUUCCUUCUCUUCAAGCUGAUAUUGCAAAUGCUGCUAAUGAAGCACUUGAAAGAUUCCGCGAUGAAGGUCGCAAGACAGUUACAAGACUGGUGGAAAUGGAGUCCACUUACUUAACUGUGGAAUUUUUUCGUAAACUGCAAGCUGAACCAGAGAAAACCCCGAACAAUCCCAAUGGCCCAAAUCCAAAUUCAAACCCGAAUGUAGACCGAUACAAUGACUACCAUUUCAGGAGAAUUGGAUCAAAUGUUACUGCUUACAUAAAUAUGGUUGGUGAGACCUUGAAAACUACCAUUCCCAAAGCUGUAGUUUAUUGCCAAGUCUUACAGGCAAAGAAAUCACUGCUAAACCUUUUCUAUGCUCAAAUCGGAAGGAGGGAGAAAGAGCAAUUGGGAAAAAUGCUGGAUGAAGACCCUUCACUUAUGCAAAAGAGAGAAAGUAUAGCUAAAAGGCUCGAGCUUUACAAGUCAGCUAGAGAUGAAAUUGACUCGGUGGCAUGGAAAUGA